AUGGAGUUUAUGACCUUGCAACAGGGUGAUAUGUCGAUAAGGGAAUAUGGGGCUAAGUUUAAUGACUUCUCCCGCUUUGCGCCAUCUCUGGUGGAGUCUGAGCAUUUGAAAUGCCUGAAAUUUGAAAAAGGUCUUAAGAAUUCUGAAGUAGCUAGUCAAGUUUUUGCUUCUGGUGGGCCUUCUGCUUCAUUUGGGCUACAAUGGAGUGGUAGAAGAAAUAGUAGUUCCUCUGGAACUGAUAGAAGUGGUCCCUACAGCCCCAAGUGUCAUUAUUGUGGGCAAGUUGGCCACAUUAGAAGGAACUGUCCAAAUCGGAGUGAGGCUUCUUACGGUCAAGGAAGACCACCGCAGUUUGUGCCGCCUUAUCAGCCACAGCUACCAAUGCCGAUGCCAUACCCUCAUGUGCCAACCUACCAUCUGCCUCAAUAUCCACAGUUUCAACCUCAAGCGUCGGGACCAGUGCAAAUACCUCCGCCGCAACAAUAUAGGCCAGGGACUCAACGACCUAAUAUUGGUGAUAAAGGAAAGGGGAAAGCACAGGGACAAGCUUAUACGCUGACUAGAGGUAGUUCUGAAGGACAGGCUAGCAACAUGGUGGUUGAGGGUAUGAGUCUAAUCUCUCAUUCUCUAGCACAUGUAUUGUUUGAUACUAGUGCUACCCAUAUUUUAAUAUCAAGUUCUUUUGUUCAAACCUUGAAACUGAAGUUCGAGAACUUAGAAAUUCUGAUGAUGUUAAACUCCCCACUGGGAUGUGUGGAGGUAGCUAGUGUGUGUAGAUCAUUUGAAGUCACGAUUGGAGGUGAGCGAUUGAGAGCUGACUUGAUAAUCCUUCCGAUGAGUCUAUUUGACGUGGUAUUCAGAAUGGAUUGGUUAGCAAGAUACAGUGCGAUUGUUGAUUACUACCAUAGGAGAGUGACCCUAAUGACUAAUUCUGGAGUAAUGAUCACUUAUCAAGCAGACAUGAACCCAGUCCUAAAAGAACGACUGUUGAGGUACAGCAUUGGGGGACGAAGGAACCUGGCUUGUUUUUCUUUCCUUCUUGCUUUAGAAGGUGAACCAGAGGUAAUAGGAGACAAUGCAAAAAUUCCUAUGGUGGAUGAGUUCGCAUAUGUGUUCCCUGAUGAGUUACCCGGUUUACCGCCAGAUCGAGAAAUUAAAUUUGGCAUUGAUUUAAUGCUGGGAACAGCUCCUAUUUCUAUUCCUCCUUACUGA